CCCUGCACCUGUUGCUUGACUCCGGGCUCGCCCCGUCUCUCUCGCAGGCGGCGCGCUGCAAAUCCAGUGCUACCAGUGCGAGGAAUUCCAGCUCAACAACGACUGCUCCGCGCCCGAGUUCAUCGUCAACUGCACCGUCAACGUCCAGGACAUGUGUCAGAAAGAAAUCAUGGAGAAAAGUUCAGGAAUCCUGUAUCGCAAAUCCUGCGCAUCUUCUGCAGCUUGUCUCAUAGCCUCUGCUGGAUACCAGUCUUUCUGUUCCCCAGGGAAAGUGGACUCUGUUUGUAUCAGUUGCUGCAACACUCCGCUCUGCAACGGCCCUCGACCAAAGAAGAGAGGAAACUCCGGCACAGUGCCUAGGGCAGGCAUGAUAACUACUAUUUUGUUCCUUAAAUUGGCUCUUUUUUCAUUGUAUUGCUAAACUUUGAGGAUGCUUUAUUGUCCUGGCAUUGUUUGUUCUGUGUCUCCCUUUCUUCGAAGGACACUGCUCUUCUUGCUGUUUGCUUCCAAAUCACUAAAGAGAAGUUUGGUCCAAGAGGGUUUUUUGUUUUUUUUUUUUGUUCGUUUUCUUGUUUGGUCAGCAGCUAAUACAUUCAAGUACCAGAUCAAAUCUCUUGUGCACUUU